AUGGAUCCAAAAGUGUGUGAUGAAUCAGUGAAAGAAGCUUCAGAUUUCAAGUGUCAGAACAUUCUCCAACCCAUUGAUGAAUCGAUUGUGUGUCCCACUCCAGAGAAGAAGACUGAACUAUUACCCAACAAAUUCAAGGACCCAAUUGCCCAGCUUCCAGAAAAUUACAGGGUCAUUGCUGAUUUGUUUAGGCAUAUGAGUUGUGCGCUUAGAUUGCUGCAUCUGCGUAAAAAGUCUCCAACUUUUUUAAAUGUUUGCAGCAAGGUUGAAGUUCUUGCCAAAAGAAACUUCUCACUUGCUGAUCUAGCGCAGAUGAAGUAUAUACUCCCUGAAGGUGUAGAAAUUGAAAAGGUGGUUGUUAUUGAUAAGAAGAGCUUGUGUAUGAAGCCGGAUUUGAAGAUAACCUUGGUUUUUGAAGUUGUAAAAGACCGCUCUGAACAGUCUGCUGAUAUAGCUCUUAGACAAUAUUUUAAUUCCAGGCUGAUUAAUUUCUUUAAUCUGCACCCUCAGGUUACUAAGAUUCCAGAGUCCAGACUACCAGAGCCCUUUAGCCAAGAAGCUUGUAAUUUGACUUUCAAUAACGGGCGUGCAGAUAUUGCAGCAGAACCUUCAUCAACUUCCAAUGAAACUGUAGAGCUGCUGAAAAACUUACAUUUGACAAAUUUGGCAGCAGAACUUUCAUCAACUUCCAAUGAAAUUGUAGAGCCGCUGAAAUACUUACAUUUGACUCCAUCUUCUAAAAGUCUUUCUCAGAAGAAUACCGCUGACCCGGCUAAGCUAGUUCAGAGCUUUUCAUCAUCUGAAAACUCUCUGUCAUCCGAUGAAUCUGACUCCCUAGACGACCAAGAAAGUGAAAGCACAUGGCAGAAAGAAUGUACACCGUUGUCAGAUUCUGAGAGUAAUCUUAAUGCAGAAAGUGGCAAGCAGAAGGAGUCAUUGUCAAUGUCUUUUCAGACACCUGCACUGUCAGCACCUGAAAGAUUGGUGCUCGGUUCUGAUGUUAAGCUGCAGAAAAUGACCGCUCAAAAGUCUACGUCAGGCUUUAAGCCCGCAAAAAGAGUGCUUGACUUUACAAGCACAGAAGGUAACGGUGAUUUGGAUAAUAGAGUAGACCUGUUAGAAUCUAGCAAAGCUAUGCAUGGAUUUCAUUGCAGCUCUAAACUUAGCAAAGGAUGUCCUGAGGAUUGCAAAUCUUUUGAUUCUGUUUCCCUACCUCGGGAGGUACAACAGAAUCUUUGUUAUUCUUUUGAGAAAAUCAACCAAAAUCAAAUUAGUUCGGACGCAGCAGAUAAUGAUCCUCCAUCAUUAGUGAAACUGGUUAAUGUGAUUGACUCAAUAUUUAGCUCUGUCAACACAAAUGAAAUCACAAAAGAGGAGCUCCUGCAAAAGAUAAUGCGGAACUGUUUAGAUUUUGUUGAGACUAGAGAAGCUGAAGAACAGAUUAAGAUUUUGGAAAAGAUUCUGCCAGAUUGGAUUUGCAAGAAGUCGCUUGCUUCUGUAGAUGGAGUCACAAUGUACUGCGUUAAUAAUGAGAUAGAUUUGGACUCAGUUCGAUCAAGACUUCUCAGCAAUGUAACCAAAGGAGACGAGUGA